CUCGUUGGAUCUAUUGUCUCUUUAACCCACUCCAAAAAACCUUUCCUUCCCCGAGAGCGUGAGAUUAGUUUCCUACACACCAUGGAAAAAUUCUUGCAAAAGGUGCUGGUCCCUCUGACCAUCGUAACGACCCCUUUCCAGUCAAUUUGGCAGAAAUGGGAGGGGCACAGUGGGAGCAGCACGAAUGGCUUCAUGUGUUCGGCGGCCAAUUACACUACUGAGAUUGUUAGUCUAGACCCAGUGGCAAUCUAUAUCAACGGAUUCAUAUCGAGCUGGGAGAUUGCGCAUCUCCGAGAUCUAGCGGACAAAGAGGGAGCAUUUACACACCACGAGGACAAAUACCCUGACCACAAAACCCAUAAUGCACGCCGAGUUGCGAGCUCCCUUUAUCUUCCAAGUGAUGAUAUCGUGGUGGAUUGUAUCAUCAAGCGAUCAACUGACUUUGUUGGUUUCAUUCCCAACGAUGGAUUCGAAGCCCUCCAAGUUGUGAAAUAUCAUGAAGGAGGUGAUAGACACGACCCUCACUACGAUUGGUUUCUUUCUCCUCCCCAGGUUACUUCUGGCUUAACAUGUAACCGGGCAGCGAGCUUUUUUGUUUACCUGGGCGAUGAGCCCGAAGGUGGAGAGACAUGCUUUCAUUUUCUGCAGCCUGCACCGCAAGAUGCUGAUCCUAAGAGGUUCAGUAAUAUCAAUAGCGAUGAUGGGCUUGGUUUCGCGGUGAAACCUUUUACUGGGAAUGCGAUGUUCUGGAUGAAUUUACACUCGAAUAACACUGGAGAUGUUCGCGUACAGCAUUCGGCGCUGCCUAUUAGGUCUGGAACAAAAUAUGGGAUGAACAUUCUGUUGAAAAGAUGCUUUGAGGCUUGAUAAAAAUGAAUGUUUUCCUGUUACCAAGAUUGUUAUUCAGUUACUCAACUUAAUUUGAAAGAGACAGAAAAAUCUGUUAUUAGAG